GACUGUAAAAGUUUGAGACAGUCACAUAUAAAAAGAAACAGUCUUAAGAUGUUCAAUUUACAGUGAUGCAAAACUAAGAAAAGAAGCAGCUCAUAUUUAAGAAGCUGAGACCAGCAAAUGUUUAACACUUUUCCUUGAUAAAUUACUUUAACUGUUUAACGGUUGAUGAAGUUAUUGUUAAUUAAUGUUUUGUCAGUCAACUAUAAUUGUUUCAGCACUAUUUUAAACACACAUUUCAAGCAUAGUCGCUUUCAGUGUUUGAAAGUUAAAACAUUCAGUAGGUUUUUGGUGGAGUAUUCCUUUAACAUCUGUUACAUAGAAACAGCACUAUCUGGUGGAGACACAAUCAAGUGGCAGUUUUAUUUCUUUAAGAUUUUCAUCUGUGACGCAGGUGAAAGAAACUGAAAGCAGAUUUACAGUGUUGAACAGAGCGCAGACGCCAUGACAUUACAGAGUGAAAUCUCUACUGAAGAACACACACUCGGAGGACUGAACAGAGAAAGUUGAAGGGACUGUAACUUGGUGAGUCUACAACUUAAAGAAAAUUUGGUUGUCAGAUCAAAUGGCUGAGAAAGCUGCUCUUUUGGAAGGUUACCCAAACUGCCACGUGUGUUCAGAGACUUUCAGAGAUCCUGUGUCUCUGACCUGCAACCACAGCUUCUGUUCAAGCUGUCUGCAAAAAUCCUCAAAGGAUUAUCCAUCCAUCAACCUUUCUCUCAAAGACCUGGCUGACUCCUUUGCUAAGACGCAGAAUAAUGAUUCAUCUGAGACGGAGAAAGAAAAGGAGAAAGAGGAAGUGGUGUGUGAUAAACAUCCAGAAGUCCCGUAUUGGUUCUGUGAGGAUGAACAGAGAGCUGUGUGUCCUGUCUGUGAGUUUUCUCUCCACCAGAGUCACAAGUUGGUUCCUGUAGAACAAGCAGUCAGUGACCUGAAGGACCAGCUGAAAUCUGACUUAAAGUCUCUACAGGACAAGAGGGACAAAUACGAAGAAGUGGAGAAAACAUACAAUGAAAUGGUUGAACACUCCAAGAAGCAGCUGUUGUCCACAGAGAAGCAGAUCAGAGCAGAGUUCAACAAGCUCCACCAGUUCCUGAAAGAGGAAGAGGAGUCCAGACUGGCAGCUCUGAGGGAGGAAGAAGAGCAGAAGGGGAAGACUAUCAGCAGAGAGAUGAAGAGGAUUCAGGAGCAGAUCUCCUCUCUGUCAGACAGUAUCUCUGCUAUUGAAGAAGACCUGCAGAAACACAACGUGUCAUUCCUCAGCAGUUAUAAACCCACUCAGACCAGAGCCAGAGACCAGUGCUCACUGUCAGAUCCACAGCUGGUCUCAGGAGCACCGAUAGAUGUGGCCAAACACCUGGGCAACCUGUCCUUCAGAGUCUGGGAGAAGAUGAAGGAGAAGGUCCACCUCAGUCCUGUCAUUCUGGACCCAAACACUGCACAUCCCCGUCUCUAUCUGUCUGAUGAUCUGACCAGUGUGAGACGUGAAGACACAAACCAGCAGCUCCCUGAUAAUCCAGAGAGAUGCACUAAGUAUUCCACUGUUCUGGGCUCUGAGGGCUUCAGCUCAGGGAAACACAGCUGGGAGGUGGAGGUGGGAGACCAUCCUAGCUGGCUCAUGGGUUUGAUUAAAGAGUCAGCUGACAGGAAGGGAGAGUGUCCCGCCUCACCAGAAUAUGGAUUCUGGUGUUUAUCCCAUGACAGUGGAGAAUACAUUGAUGGAGCUGGUAAGACUGUCACUGUGAAGAGGAGGAUCAGAGUCCAGCUGGACUAUGACAGGGGGGAGGUGUCAUUCCACAACCCUGAAGACAUGACUCACAUCUGCACUUACAGAGACACUUUCACUGAGAAACUCUUUCCUUAUUUCAAUAUUGGAAAGUCUGGUGAUGCUAAAACCACUGAUAUCAAAAUCUGUCAAACUGAGAUUUCUCUGUGAUGUUCAGGAAGGUUUGUGAGAUGUGAUUUAUUUGAUUUGAGGAGGAUAAUUAGAUCUAUAGAUUUAUUU